AUGUCGGGAGUGCGCUCUACUCGUGUGGCUAAGCGCCUACGAGCUCAUCGUAUGAAGAGUCGGUCAGUGCUGAGAAUGAUGGCAAUAAUGCAGGACAGGAAUAGUGAGGAGGUGCCGCGCGAAUUCCUUGAAACCGGACGAACUGGUCGGAGGAACGCGAUGCCGGACAUCCUUCACCCUCAGGGCGCCGAGGUGUCGACGGCGGAUCUGCCAUCACGCCUACAGCAGCUGGUCACUACGGAUCCGGACCACCCCCAACCGAGCACGUCGAAAUCUGAUCACGAACCUAACAAGGAGGAUGAGACAUGUAAAAAAGGCAGCUGCAGU